GUUCUAGUAGUAUUGUAUAAAAGUUUAGAGAAAAAAAAGAGAGAGAGAGAAGAAAAAACCACUUGUGAGAUGUAUAUCCAUAUCUCACAACACUCCGUUUAGAACACCUCUCCCCAAUAAGUAUCAAAAUGUGUCUCUGUGUGUGUGUGUGUGUGUGUUUUUUUUUUUUUUGGUUGUUGUUGUUGUUUAGAGAGCCACAAGGGCAGGUGAUGAGAAUCGAUUCCAAAAUCUCUUGAAAUCGAGAGAGGAGCUUUAAGUCUCUAACCACUUGAGUUAUCCCUCACUCUUAAUAUCAAAAUAAUAUACUACCAAACAAUUUAUUUGACCGGACAACUCAAUAACUCAUCAAUCUUCGUAGGCCCAAUAUAAUUUCCGGGUUAUAUAGGCCACAUACCAAGAUUUUCUAUCAAUCUUUCACCAUAUAUAAAUACAACAUACUAGUAUUCAUAAUACUAAAGUAAGACAAAAUAAAUUUAGAUAAUAAUGGAAAAUACCACACAAAAAUGUAGAGCUCAUAUUCUAGCUGUGCCUUAUCCCAGUCAAGGACAUAUAUGUCCCAUGCUACAAUUUUGUAGACGUCUAGUCUCCAAAGGUGUUAAAGCAUCUCUAGCCAUCACUAACCACAUCUCCACCACCCUAAACCCUGAACCCGAUGACCAUGUUAGCCUCGUAACCAUCUCUGAUGGAUACGACGAUGGUGGUUUCUCCAGGGCAGAUAGUGUUGCAGCCUACCUUGCCAACCUUGAGGUUGCCGGGUCCCAAUCCCUAGGGACUCUUAUUGAGGAACGUGUUGGUACGUACGACUCUAUAAAUUGUGUAGUGUAUGAUGCAUUUUUACCGUGGGGUCUAAAUGUUGCUAAGAAAUAUGGACUACUAGGGGCUUCUUUUUUUACCCAAGCAUGUGGGGUGAACUAUAUGUAUUAUUUGAUUUAUCAUGGGAAGUUUACCAUGCCGGUUGCUACACCACCGGUGGAUAUUCAACGACUGCCUCCGUUAGAUGUCGGUGACUUACCGUCGUUUGUGGGCUCACCGGAGUCUUACCCGGCUUACCUAGAGUUGGUUUUGAACCAAUAUACUAACUUGGGUAAUGCUGAGUUUGUGCUUGUCAACACUGUCUAUGAGUUGGAGGAUGAGGUAGUUGAUGUAAUGUCCAAAGAGUAUCCAUUGCUAACAAUUGGACCGACAAUUCCAUCCUUUUACGUAGACAAACGAAUUCCACAUGACAAAAUAUAUGGCCUAAGUCUCUACCCCACUGACCCUACUCCUAUCACCAAUUGGUUAAGCACCAAGUCACCAAAGUCGGUGGUUUACGUCUCAUUUGGUAGCAUGGCAUGUCUAACAAAGGCUCAAACUGAAGAAUUAGCAUGGGGGUUUAAACAAAGCAAAUACCACUUCUUGUGGGUGGUUCGAGCUUCCGAGGAGCACAAGCUUCCAAAGGGCUUUGCUGAUGAGGUAGCCGCAAAAGGCCUAAUUGGUAGAUGGUGUCCACAACUAGAGGUACUCUCUAGUGAGGCAAUUGGGUGUUUCUUUACUCAUUGUGGUUGGAACUCGACACUAGAGGCAUUGGUUAUGGGCGUCCCUUUGAUAGGGAUGCCACUAUGGACCGACCAACCUAUGGUUGCUAAGUUUGUUGAGGAUGUGUGGAAAGUAGGAAUAAGAGUGAAGGUCAACAAGGAAGGGCUUGUAAGAAGAGAGGAAAUUGUGGAACGUAUAAUUGAAGUUAUGGAAGAAAAAAGGGUGGAGUUCAUUGAAAAUGUUAAGAAAUGGAAGCAUAUGAUGAAAAAAGCAAUUUCUAAAGGUGGAUCUUCUGAUAGGAACAUUGAUGAGUUCGUAUCCAAAAUCACAAGGUCGUAAUAAUGAUAUGGUUGAGUUAAUUUAUAUUGCUAAAAAAUAAGUACUUUCACGGCGCUGUUCACUUCAGCUUAAAAAUAUAAUAUUCAGUAGAAAUAAGUUUAGUUCAGUAAAAAAUAACUUUAAUUAUGUAUAAAUAAUUUCAGUUCAUUAAAAUUCAUUAAGUUUUAUUAAGAAAUAUAAUACAAAAUCAAUAAAAAAAUAAUUUCAGUUUAGCAAAAAUAGUUUCAAUUUAGUAAUAUAAUUUCAGAUCAACAAAAAUAAGGUGAAGUUAAUAUGGCCGUAUUAUUUAUAAUUUAUUAUCUUGUCAUUAGCAAAUAUGUUUGUAUACGGAUUAAGUCACAUUAAUAUAUUUCAUGUAAUGUCAAUCUAAAUAUGUAUAUAUUUCAUAUGAUGAUUAUUUAAGCUCAAAUCUCAAUGGUAUACAAAUUCGAUCACUUAAUUGUUAAUUCUUCUACUUCUUCCGUUCUUUUUUACUUGACUCACUUUGACUUUUACACUAU